AUGGAUGUCCUUCCUCCAACAGACCUGCCCCCCAUCGGCCCAGGCCAGUACCCUCAACCCCCAACCCGCACGUCACCCGCUACCCUUGACCAAAUACAUGAUUUCCUCCUCAAUGGGGAUAUCCAGCGAUUCCGACAGACCCUCGACUCGCCAUGUUGCUCGUCGCGCGACUUCAACAUAUGCGACCUAUCCGCGAUCAUGGUCGAAGCCAUCAAACGGAACAACCUGCAGUUCAUCCAAGAGCUCCUUGCUCGCGGCCUGCCCAUGAAUCCGCUCUACGCCUUGCGAGCGAUCGAAGCGAAGGCGACCAGCGCCCUGGAUGUUUUCAUCCAAAGCGGGUGGGACAUCAACCAGCCCGUGAGCGAGCUUAGGCCUCCGGUCUUAGGCGACGCCAUUGCAGACGAAGAGAUGACCUCUUGGCUGCUCGGCCAUGGAGCCGAUCCCAAUCGCCGCUGUGUGAUCGAUCUCACCCCGCUUUCUCUUGCUGUCGAGAGCGCCCCGCUUCCUAUCAUCAGCCUCAUGCUCAGCCAUGGCGGAAACGUUCGGCAGGGCCAGCUCCUUCAUCACGCAGUUCAGAGGCAGUCUGAUACCGUCGCGGUCUUACGCCUGCUCAUCGAGAAAGGCGCGCCCGUCAACGCAUGUAUGUACGACGAUUAUCCUUCUUGGGCGCUGUUCCACUUUAUGGGUCUCGGAACUGCCCUACACAAAGCAGCGGAACUAGGUCACGUAGAUGCAGUUCGCUAUUUGAUCAGCCAGGGAGCGGACCGGCGUAUCAAGGAUGCAAAUGGCCGAACAGCUAUGGAGUGUGCGCGAAUGUCGGAUCAGCAGCAGGUCAUCGAGGCUCUGAAUCAGGCGGAGUAG